UCAAAUUUGCCGGGAAAAACGUCCUUACGGUCCUAUUGAUUUAUAACUCACAAAAAUGGAUGCAUUUCAAGACCAAGGAUUCAUCUCUGCCUUUAAAAGUCUUCCUGAGAAACCAAGUACAACUGUGAGAUUUUUUGAUCGUACAGAUUAUUAUACAGUCCAUGGACAAGAUGCUGUUUUUGUUGCCAAGGAAGUUUUCAAGACAGUUGCAGUGAUAAAAUAUCUUGGAGCAGGAGAAAAGAAGCUGGAGUCCGUAACUGUAAGCAAACUCAACUUUGAAUCUCUCGUCAAAGAGUUGUUGUUAAUACGUCAAUAUAGAGUUGAAAUAUUGAAGAACAAAACUGGAUCCAAAAACAAUGAAUGGAUGCUAGCUUUUAAAGCAUCUCCAGGCAAUCUAACUCAGUUUGAAGAUAUUUUGUUUGGUAACUCCGACAUAUCCCAAUCUGUUGGCGUGUUAGGUUUGAAGAUCGGAACAGAAAAUAAUGAGAGAAUGGUGGGGGUUGGAUUUGCUGAUGUAAUGAUGAGAAAAAUGUUGGUAGCAGAAUUUGCUGACAAUGACCAGUUUUCAAAUUUAGAGGCAUUGAUUGUACAAAUGGGAGCCAAAGAAUGUGUAGUUUGGACAGGUGAUCUACACACUGGAAAACUGAGACAAGUCUUGGAAAGAAGUAAUAUUCUCAUCACUGAAAGAAAGAAGAGCGAUUUUAGCAGCAAGGAUGUUGUGCAAGAUCUUAACCGAUUGCUGAAGUGUAAAAAGGGACAGCAAGUAAACAGUGCAACUCUAAGUGAAAUGGAGAAAAAGAUCGCAAUGGAAGCAGUUUCGGCACUUAUCAAGUAUUUGGAGCUCCUGUCAAAUGAAGAUUAUUUUGGACAAUUCAGCAUUGGGUCUUUUGACUUCAGUCAGUAUAUGAAACUUGAUUCUGCAGCAGUCCAAGCAUUGAAUCUGUUCCCCACCUCAUCUGAUGGAAACAAGAAUCAAAGCAUUCUUGGAUUAAUGGACAGGUGUAAAACUGUGCAGGGACAAAGGCUUCUGGCUCAGUGGAUAAAGCAACCUCUGAUGGAUAUUAAUCGUAUUGAGGAAAGACAGAAGCUUGUGGAGUUUUUCGUAAAAGACACAGAACUUCGACAGUUGGUUGCAGAGGAUCAUUUACGAAGGUUACCAGACUUUCAAAGAUUGGCUCGAAAAUUCCAGCAGAGAAAAGCAACACUGCAGGAUUGCUACAGAGUUUAUCAGGCAUUGGAUAAGUUACCCCAUUUAAUGGAGACUCUAGAAAAGCAUGGGAUGGAGAGUUGUCAACUUAUUAUGGAGAUUUUUGUUAAUCCAGCAAAAGAAAUUUUGAUGGAUUUUGCUAAAUUUCAAGAAAUGGUGGAAGAAACCAUGGACCUCCAACAAGUAGAAAAUCAUGAAUUUCUAAUAAAACCAGGAUUUGAUGAAGAAUUGCAAGCCCUGUCAGAGAAAAUUAGUGAUUUGGAAGAUAAAAUUAAAGGUCAGCUGAACAAAGUUGCUAGAGAUUUAGGAAUUGAAGCAAACAAAGUUCUUAAAUUAGAGAGUAAUGCACAACUGGGGUAUUUCUUCAGGGUGACACGAAAAGAGGAAAAAGCAUUGAGAAACAACAAAAACUAUAUAACUAUAGACACUAAAAACAACGGAGUUCGUUUUCACAACAAUGCUGUUAAACAACUGAAUGAAGAUUAUCUGAAAGCUAAAGAAGAGUACAGUGAACAGCAGAAAAGUAUUGUAGCUGAAAUCAUUUCCAUAGCAGCUGGUUAUUGUGAAACCAUGGUCAUUUUGAAUGAGUUGAUUGCGCAAUUGGAUGUGUUGGUUAGUUUUGCUGUGUCAGCAACAAGUGCUCCAAUACCAUUUGUUCGCCCAAGUCUGUUGCCUAAAGGCAGCGGAAAUAUCAAGCUGAUAGAUGCCCGUCACCCUUGCUUGGAAAUGCAGGAAGAUAUCUCUUUCAUUCCAAAUGACAUCAUCUUUGAAAAAGACAAACAGAUGUUUCACAUCAUUACUGGACCAAACAUGGGAGGUAAAUCUACCUAUAUUCGUUCAGCAGGUGUGGUCGUACUUCUUGCACAGAUUGGUUCUUAUGUUCCAUGCAGUGAGGCUCAGGUGACCAUUGUGGACAGCAUUUUGGCGAGGGUUGGUGCAGGAGACAAUCAGGUGAAGGGCAUAUCAACUUUCAUGGCAGAAAUGUUGGAAACGGCUUCAAUUCUGAAAUCAGCGACAGAGAACUCCCUUAUGAUCAUUGAUGAGCUCGGUAGAGGAACUUCGACAUAUGAUGGAUUUGGACUGGCUUGGGCAAUAUCUGAACAUAUCGCAACAAAAAUCAAAGGAUUCUGCCUCUUUGCAACCCAUUUUCAUGAAUUAACUACACUUGCCGAUAAAAUACCAACAGUGAAUAACUUACAUGUCACAGCUUUAACCUCAAAUGACACUUUGACCCUACUCUACAGAGUCAAGCAAGGACCAUGUGACCAGAGUUUUGGAAUCCAUGUCGCAGAAUUAGCUCAUUUCCCAGCACAUGUUAUUGAGUUUUCGAAGAAAAAGGCAGCAGAGCUCGAAGAUUUCCAGUCAGUCGAAUUGGAGACUUCAUUGAAAGGAGAUGAUGAACCAGCUGUGAAAAAAAGGAAAAUGGAAAAAGAAGAAGGUGUGGAGAUUAUCCAGAAUUUCCUAGAUAGUGUGAAAAAGUUGCCAAUCUCCAGCAUGUCAGAUCAAGACAUUCUCAGCAAAAUGAAAGAAAUGAAACAACAGGUUCUUGAUCAAAAUAAUGCAUUUGUUAGAGAUGUGUUGGCUAAGAAAAAUUGAAUUGUGUAUAUCUAUACAUUUGUUUACAAAUUUCUACAAUCAGAAGCAUGUGUGUAGAUGUGUAGAUGAAUUAUUGAAAUAUUAAAUUUGUAGUCAUGUAUCUACAUAUACUGGUACAUUGUAGUUGUUAUUAAAAAUUUUAACUUUUACUAGUUGAUAAUGUAACAUUAAUGUGUCAGUUAGAAGAGUGAUGUUACAACUUUUGAAUGUAUUUUGUUGAAUUUUUUUGUAGGGCCACGCCAAUUUAAAUUUUUUUGGUCAUCAGACAUGUGAUGAGAAAUGUAUGGGUAAACAAGUGAUUAUUAAUAAUAAAAGGAUUAUAUUUUGUAGGCAAAAUUUAGGUGGUACAUGAAUAAAUAUGAAUGUACAAUUAUAGUUUUUCCUACUUUUUUCUGAUUUAUAAAUUAAACAAUUUAAACUAUGAAAAAACAGAAAUAAAAAAGAAUUUCGUGGAUAAGUGAAAUCUGAAAUAAUAUAUGUAUUAUUUGUUUAGUUUUGUUUGAAUAUGAGCAUGUGAGACAAGCACGAAUUUUAGUUGAUGUGGCCUAGGAAUACCGGGUAUGUUUCAAUUUAUCCUUAUGACUUAAUGAGGAUGAACUAAUGCUUAGUAGAAUUCAUUGCUAUAGUUGAAGUGUAUAUUGUAUAGUACAUAGUUACUUAACACAAAAUAUAUUUUUGUGUGAAACUGAUAUAUUUUUUAUAAUUUGUGACACAAAUAAAAAAGGGGGUUUAAACCCAGUCUGUAUGUAGUAAUGAAUGCUGUCAAUAUGGUACAGUACUAUAUAAUUAUGCAAUUUACAAAUACAUGUACUUAACAGAUGAUGACUUUUUUUAUGUAGAUACAUGUACUUGAUAUGAUAAUUGUUAUUUCAUGAUUUUCUCUUUUUUAUUGUAUCUGAAGCGAUGUAAAUUUUAUUUGAAAUUAUUGCAUGAAGAAGGUCAGAUAAUCAUGGCCAGUCUUAAACAAUGUUGACACCUCCUCUCCCCCACCACCACUUGAAGGAGAACUCUAAAGUUCAAGAAUAUAAUUUUUUUCUUUUUCUAAGUAAUAGUCUACAGCAGAUGACUUAUGUGUUGACCUCCCAGCCACAUUCUUAAAGAAAAUGUUUAUUUUUUAAAUUAAGUAAAAUUGUGUAUUAGAAUAUUUUCUGAUGCAUUUAAAUGCUAUACAAAGAGAAUUUUCAAAACUUAUUACUUUAAGUUUGUUUUAUUAUCCACUGAUAUGUUUUUGAGUGAAUUAAAAUAUUGCUGGUUGCUCAAAGCAUUAUAGUUUAACGUUUGAAGCCAAUAUGUGAUACUCUAUUAGAUACAUGUAUUACAAUAUGUAAGAUUAAUACGUGGUCAAAGCCUCAACUGAUUAUCUUUCCUAGGAAGUAAAGAAGACAGUGUUGGAGUUUGUAUCCAGUUCAGGAGAAACCUUUGAGAGACAAUCCAACUCAAUCAACUCAUUGUUAACAUGCAUGCAUGUUUCAGACUAUAUGAUUUGUUCCUAGUCUGUUCAUCUUUAGAACAUUCAUCAAACAUGUCCAUGGCUGUCACUGUUACUAAGUUUUUUUCCUACUCCUUUCUAUGAAGUGGAUGUGACUGUAUAAAAAUUUAAGAAUACUUAAUUGAUCUUUCAAAGAACUGAUUUGGUUUGUACAUCUGUCUUCUAAAAUCUGAAGUCAAGUUUACAAAAUUUUGUAAAAUAUUGCUCAUUUAUUUCAAUGUACAUAAAUCAU